UCUUUCACUAGUUUUACUGGUAGAUUGAGGUAGCCAUUUAGUGUUUGGAAUUCCUGCUGAGCCACGUGCCCCGGGGACUGUGGUUGGAUUUGUGAAUUAUGUGGACAAUUGUCCACUUCAAAGAGAACUGAAAAAUAGCUUCAUAACCGUUUUACAAAGCUCGUUCGAAGAAUAAACUGCUGAACUUAUUUUUCCCAUUAGUGCCUAGUUUUCAAAGGAUUACUGAUUCUUAUUUUUAUUAGGGCCUGGAAAAGGCUGAGAUCCCUGAAUGAAAUAGCCACAAUCAAAAAUUUCACCCCUGUGAUAGGUUCUCUUAAUUUUGUUGUGGUAUAAAUGGAACAGCAUGUGUUCAGGUAUGAGGUUUGCAGCUUGUCAAUAUAUUCAUUACCAGAGGUGUAGAUUCCCAUCCAGUUAGUGUGUUUUUUUAUUACUUUUGUUUUUCUCUCAGCAAAAAUAAUUCCGUUUAGAAAUUUUGUAACAAGAAAUGAACUCUCAAUUUACUUAAGAUUAACGCCUCUUUAACGAUAAAAUCAUUUUGCCAUGUUAGAAGACACCCUUUUAGAAGAAGACAUUUGGGAAUACAAAUCUAAAAGAAAACCAAAACUAGUUGACCCAAAUAAUUGCUCUGAAAAUGUUCCAAAACCUGUUGGAAAAGCAAAAGAGGGAAAAUACCAGUCAAAACAAAAGAGAAGCAGAAAAAGAACCGUAGAAGCUAAAGAGGAGGCAAAGGACCAUGAGAUGUCCCCUAGAGCAGCAGUUUGUCAGGCUUCUGUAGCUUCCAGUCAGAGUUCAAGUUGUGGAGAUGGUAGUCAACAGUCUCAAGACAAGGAGACCACUCCAGGAAAGUUGUGUAGAACUCACAAAAACAAACACGUGUCUCCAAAGAUACGUCCAGUUUAUGAUGGAUACUGUCCAAACUGCCAGAUGCCUUUUUCUUCAUUGCUAGGUCAAACACCUCGAUGGCAUGUCUUUGAAUGUUUGGAUUCUCCACCAGUCUCUGAAACAGAGUGUCCUGAUGGUCUUCUGUGUACCUCAACAAUUCCUUCUCAUUACAAGAGAUAUACUCACUUUCUGCUGGCUCAAAGCAGGGCUAGUAAUAGUCCUUUUAGCAGCCCAUCACGUGCCUCAGGUGGUAGUUCCAGUGAGAAUAAUUCAGGCUUUCUUUGUAGCCUUGAGGAAAGAUGGCCUCUGUAUGAGAAACAAACUGAGAACUUAAAAGCUAUGUCAAACAAUUCCUUGUUGAAGACUCAGUGUUUAAGAAAAUCUCAAUCUCAAUCUCCAGCUGAAACCAACAAAAAGAUUUCCUCUACUGUAAAUAGCCAAACAUCCCAGCGAGCUCUACAAUUUACAGAAUUUGUUAAGAAUGACAAACUGGUAGGAGUUGGUUUGCCUCUUGCUGAUGACGAAUUAGAUAGCCAAAACAACUCAGAACCCGUAAAUUUGCCAUUGCCAGAGAAUGACUUUAGCGACUGUGAAAUCUCCUAUUCUCCACUUCAAAGUGAUGAAGAAACUCACUAUAUAGAUGAAAAGCUGGAUGAUUCACAACAGGAACUAUUUUUUACCCAAAGCUCAAAAGAUGACAGCCUAGAAGAAGACGACCAUAGGUCUACUUUGUUUGAAAACCAACAAGGUCCCUUACUGCAGGACCAGGAGGAGAGCUGCCCCAAAGUAAACGGCUUCUUAACUCAAGAUAAGUAUGAUGAAGAACUGUAUAAAUACAAUACUCUAAAUGAUUUGUCUAAACUUACUUCCCAAAAUAAUGAGAACAUUACUUCGUAUUAUGAUCCAGCAUGUACUGGUGGUGAUUUUAUGUUGUUUCCACCUGCAUUAGCAAGGGAGCUUGCUGCUUCUAAUUAUAAAGUAAACCCUUAUGAGCAAGAAUUUCUCCCAUCUCAACCAAAUAAACAGAAACAGAUCAUUGAAGGAUCAGCUGUUUACAAUCAAGUUUCUCUUCCAUUAGUUACCAGCGAGAUGUCGAAACAUUUUGAAAGCCAGGAAGGAGGGUAUAUUUCUUUCCAUCCAACCCAAAGUAAAAUUAGAGAAUUAGCUAGUGAGAACCUCAAUGCCAAGAACAAUACUAACUCAGCAAGUUUCCACAGAAAGGCAUUAGCUGGUAUGCUAGAUAGUAAAGUUACAGUUUUAAAUACAGAAAACUUUUCUGGUGCACCUACUGCUUCUGAGUCUUUGAAAAUACUGCCUUCUGGUCCUAAGUGUAAUGCAAGAAAACCUACCAAGGUAAUGAAGCAAACAGAUAUAGGUGUAUAUUUUGGACUACCACCUAAAAGAAAAGAAGAGAAAUUGCUGGGGGAAAGUGCAUUAGAAGGGAUAAACUUAAAUCCAGUUCUAAGUCCUAAUAAAAAGAGGUCCUUGCAGUGCAAGAGGAAAGCAGAACAAUCUUUAAGUGAUUUAGAAUUUGAUGCAAAGAAUUUAAGUGAGAGUCAGAUUUCUGUGGAACUUUCUAGUGAGAGGUUGCAGCGUAGAAGAAAGAGACUUAAGAAAUCAAAUUCACUGCCGGAAGGAGCAGGAAGAGGUCAGAAGGAAGACAGCAGGAAGAGAGCAGGAAGGAAGAAGUCAGAUCACCUUAUGAACAGUGCAGAAUCUGGGACAGUCAAUUUAAGUAAAGACAAUGCCUUUGUAAAAUCAGCUCAUGGUGGGCUGCAAAGAAGGAACAAGAAAAUCUCAGAGUCAUCUAAUGUAGGAGAAUUAAGAAAAAAGACAUGUCCGUUCUAUAAGAAAAUACCUGGAACCGGCUUUACAGUUGAUGCCUUUCAGUAUGGCUUGGUUGAAGGUUGCACAGCCUACUUUCUCACACAUUUUCAUUCUGAUCAUUAUGCUGGGUUGUCUAAGCACUUCACAUUUCCAGUUUAUUGUAGUGAGAUAACUGGCAAUUUGUUGAAGAACAAGCUUCAUGUACAAGAACAAUAUAUCCAUCCAUUGCCAAUGGACACUGAAUGUGUUGUGAAUGGUGUCAAAGUUGUUUUGCUUGAUGCCAAUCACUGUCCAGGUGCUGUCAUGAUCCUUUUUUAUCUUCCUAAUGGUACUGUCAUAUUACAUACUGGAGACUUCAGAGCGAAUCCCAGCAUGGAACGUUCUCUUCUUGCAGGCCAGAAAGUCCACAUGCUGUACUUAGACACAACAUACUGUAGCCCAGAAUACACCUUUCCGUCUCAGCAAGAGGUUAUCCAGUUUGCCAUCAACACUGCCUUUGAGGCUGUAACUCUAAACCCACGUGCUCUUGUUGUGUGUGGCACUUAUUCUAUUGGAAAAGAGAAAGUCUUCCUAGCCAUUGCUGAUGUUUUAGGUUCAAAAGUGGGCAUGUGCCGAGAAAAAUAUAAAACAUUACAAUGCCUCAAUAUACCAGAAAUUAAUUCACUCAUCACUACAGACAUGUGCAGUUCAUUGGUUCAUCUUCUCCCAAUGAUGCAAAUUAAUUUUAAGGGUUUACAGAGUCAUUUGAAGAAGUGUGGUGGGAAAUAUGAUCAGAUUUUGGCUUUUCGACCUACAGGAUGGACACACUCUAACAAGUUAACUAGUAUAGCAGAUGUUAUUCCCCAGACCAAAGGAAACAUUUCAAUAUAUGGAAUUCCUUAUAGUGAACACAGCAGCUACCUAGAAAUGAAGCGCUUUGUCCAGUGGCUGAAGCCCCAGAAAAUCAUACCUACUGUAAACAUUGGCACCUGGAAAUCUAGGAGCACAAUGGAGAAAUAUUUUAAAGAGUGGAAAUUGGAAGCUGGAUAUUGAUGAUACCUCAGAAGACUCAGUAUUAGUUAAGUACCUUAGAUAUAGUUUGUUAGUAAUUAAGUCUAUAGUGAUAUGAAAUAACUUUACGUGAAAAACCUCAUGAAGAUUGCUCAUAUAGUUUAUUUUCUCAUUUACGUUUGAAUAACAUGUUCAUGGUGCUGAACGCCUCUCAGCAUCAUCAAAGAUAACUGAGACUGUGUCUCCCUGGUACCCUUAAUUUCUUGCCCCUCCCCUCAGGGAGGCAGUUAUAUUUUGCAUCAAGCCUUAGGGGAGGAAACAAAGGCAGGUUCAGGGACCAAAAGGAUUCACGAUAAUUGAUAAACUAGAUUGAAACAUUAUGUAUAAGUAAUUAUGUAUCUUUAAAAUUAUGAGAUAAAAUUUUUAUAUGAUAUAUAUGACUAAAUAAAAAUUAAUAUAAAAUUUG